AUGGGACCAGAAGAAACUGGAAUGGAAAUUGAUCUAUCACUCAAAUUAGAUGCUCAACAUGAAGAGAGAACAACAGAAGAUCAAGAUGACCAUCAUCGCCAAGAAGUAGGAAAAUUUCCAGCCGAAGGAAAAAGAGAAACAGAAGUUGAAGGAGAAGCCGUUGAUCAAGAAGGUCAUACACCUGUGGAUAAUUCCGUAUGUGAUGAAACUAUGAAGACAGAAGAGAUAUCAGUAUUACAGCAGGAGAUGGACCGCAUGAAAGAGGAAAAUAAGGUGUUGAGAAAGGCAGUAGAGCAAACUAUGAAAGAUUACUAUGAUCUACAAAUGAAAUUUUCUGUUGUCCAACAAAAUAUUCAAACCAAGGAUCCAAGAACUUUUCUUUCGCUUACGGGUAAUAAUAACAGCCCCAGUCAUGAAGAGCAAAACAAAGGAAGUCCAAGAUUUUUAGAAAUGAAUCAUCAAACACCACCAUCUACAGCUCAAGAAGAUGAUGCUAAACAACGUCAUGAAUUAGGGCUGUCGUUGACGCUGCAAAGCAGUAGUACAAGCCAAGAGAAAGAAGACGAAUACAUGGGAAAUAUUGAGAAAAAGGAAGAUACCCCAAAAGCAUUAAUUACACCAAUGCAAAAUAAGCUACAAAGGAGCAGCAGUUUAGGAGGAGGAAUCUCCAACCACCUUUCUUCCCCUCCCAACAGAAAAGCUAGGGUUUCUGUCAGGGCCAGAUGUGAAGCUGCCACAAUGAACGAUGGAUGCCAAUGGCGAAAAUACGGCCAAAAAAUUGCGAAAGGAAAUCCUUGCCCGCGAGCCUACUAUCGUUGCACUGUAGCACCAGGAUGCCCAGUAAGAAAACAGGUGCAAAGAUGCUUGGAGGACAUGUCAAUCCUGAUCACAACCUACGAAGGAACACACAAUCAUCCAUUGCCUGUGGGUGCAACAGCAAUGGCAUCAACAGCAUCAGCAGCAGCAUCAUUUAUGCUAUUGGAUUCUAGUAACCCUCUUUCAUCAGAUGGAAUAAUGUCCAAUUUCAACCGAUCAGCUCCAUUUCCUUACCAGAGUCCUCAGUUCAUAAAUCCAUCUUUAUCUUAUGCAUCAAACCUGAUAAACAUUCAUCCAAAUGACCCGUCUAAAGGGAUCGUUCUUGAUCUCACGCAUAAUGUUAAUGCUGACGCGAGACAAUUUCCCAUUGCUAGCUCUUCAUCACAGCAACCGAGCCAUUCUUGGAUGCCUAAACCACUACCAGGGAAUUAUAUUGGAAACAAUGCUACUAAUAUUGUCAGUGAUCUUUUCCCUCGUCAACUAGUGGAAGGUGGGAUUGGACCUAAAGGCGAAGGAAACAAGUUAUUGGCUGAAAAUGUGAGUGCAAUUGCUUCUGAUCCUAAGUUUAGGGUUGCUGUCGCGGCUGCAAUUUCCUCCCUCAUUAAUAAGGAAACCCAAACUACUACCACUAGUCAUCCUCCUAUGGCAACUUCUUUAAUUCCCACAAGAGAUGGUGAGGGUGGUGGUACCUCAUCAAAUAGCAAAAAUUGGAUUCUUGAAUCUCUCUCCACAGGUGGUAAGCCCAUUCAAAAUUCCCCAUGA